AUGCCAGGGCCCCGUGGCCUGCAGCAGCCAGGCCCCUGCUGCCGCCGUUGCGGCCCUGCUGCCUCACGUCGAGCCUGCAGCCGCCGCUUGCGACCGCCGCCGUCGUCGUCGCUGAGGCCCCGCCGCCGCGCCUGCUCUGCUCGCCCCGUCUCACUGUUCAAUCACACGUCCGGCAUCUCUGUUGCACCUGCUGCCGAUGCUUAUAGUGCUGUUCGCUCGCAGUGGACCACGCGCGAUGUUGCUGCUCGUCUAGCUGUUCGUAGUCACCUGCCGUUUGCUGAGCGCGCGCACUUUAGCCAGUACAAGAUCGCUAAGACUUUGUAUGACGCUGUUGUUGCGCGCUACACCUCCCCUGCCACUUCUGCCCUUAACCGCCUCAUGCUGCCGUACCUGUUCCUUGACCUAGCCGCUUUUGCCACAGUUGCUGACCUCAUUACGCACAUCCGCACUAGUGACACUCGCUACCGCGCUGCGCUUCCCUCCAAGUUCUACAUCACUCUCUACUACCUUGAGCGCCUCCUUGCAGCUGAGAAGAGUAUAGUCCCUGUAGGAGCCUCUCGUGGUGACCCUCGUGCCCCUUUCUUUGAGGGGUGCUCCCCCGUCCCCCUUUUGCCCUCUGUUGCUUCUGCUGCUGCUGUCGACCUCGUUGGCAUCGAGUCGGUCGGCGCUGUGUCUCCUCCUAGUGGGAGGCACCGCAGCGGCAGGAGCAAGGGGGGCAAGGGUGCUGGAGGAGACGGCGGGGGCGGCGGUGGUGGAGGUGGAGGCGGCGGAGGGGUGGGGGUGGAGUCGUCCAGUGGCAGUCUCUCUGGCUGA